CACAUGGGGGGGGGCAAGCAGCACAGGGGACCUUUCCAGGGGGUCCGCGUGAAGAACUCGGUGAAGGAGCUCCUGCUGCACUUCAGGAGCACCAAACAGAUGUCCUCGGGCUCUGCCACGGAGGAAAGCAAGGCACAAGGAGGAUUGGUGAACUACGAGCAGUACACAGCAGACCUGAAGAACGUACUAGGUCACAGUGGUAAAAGAAAGGCUCCUGAGCUGCUUUCUGAUGGACCUUCUUUCAAACGCCAGGCUCACCAAGUUCACCCACAUCUCCUAACACCACCCCAGACACCAACUUCUAUGGAUAACAUGGAGGAGGCGCAUAAAAAUGACCCAAAGCACGACAGCAGUUCUGAUCUGCUUCAGAACAUCAUAAACAUCAAGAACGAAUCAAGCCCUGUUUCUCUGAACACGGUGCAGGUUAGCUGGUUGCACCCUGUCUCCAGUCACAGCUCGCCUGGUGAGCCGUACCAGGACAGCCCGGGAUCACAGGCUUUCUCCCCACCCCAGAAGUACCAAGCCUUCCAAGAUCACACGUCCCAGCAUAUGCUUGAUCCACCGCAGCAUUGCCAGUUCCCUCCACCCCAGAACCAGGAUUUGUCACAGAGCUAUCCUUCAGACGUCUCCCUGGAGUACAGGCUGUUUACUGCCAAUGACCAGUCUCCUGCCUACCAGCAGAAUACCUUUGACAGCCACGAGCUGCAGUACUGCCCGUCGCAGAGUUUCUCUUCCCUGUUGAAUGACUCUGAAGGCCCAGAGAACAUCUCCACUCCCCUCCAGCCGCUGACCAGUGCCCACCCGCAGGCUGACGUUGGCCCCCACGCUCCGAACUUCAGCUUACUUUCCAAUAACAUCUGCAGUAGUCUGGAGCGCAGUGUCUCUUUGGCCACUUUGAAUGUCUCUCUACCUGAACAAAACAUCUCCCGAAGCACGACGCAGCUGGGAAAGUCGUUUUUUCAAUGGCAAGUAGAGCAGGAGGAAAAUAAACUGGCUAACAUCUCUCAAGACCAGUUCCUUGCAAAAGACUCAGAUGGAGACACCUUCCUUCACAUUGCGGUUGCCCAGGGCCGACGAGCUCUCUCCUAUGUUCUUGCAAGGAAGAUGGCUGCCCUGCACAUGCUGGAUAUUAAAGAGCACAAUGGCCAGAGUGCUUUCCAGGUUGCUGUGGCUGCCAAUCAGCAUCUCAUUGUGCAGGACUUGGUUAGCUUGGGAGCUCAAGUCAACACCACAGACUGCUGGGGUAGAACGCCGUUGCAUGUUUGCGCUGAGAAGGGGCAUGCCCAGGUCCUUCAGGCAAUCCAAAAGGGAGCCAUGGGAAGCAAUCAGUAUGUGGACCUUGAGGCAACAAACUAUGAUGGUUUGACAGCGUUGCACUGUGCUGUUCUGGCCCAUAAUGCUGUGCUGCAUGAACUGCAAAACAGUCAGCCACCUCACUCCCCUGAGGUCCAGGAGCUUCUGCUGAGAAACAAGAGCCUGGUAGAAACCAUCAAGACUCUAAUACAAAUGGGAGCAUCUGUUGAAGCAAAAGAUCGCAAAAGUGGUCGCUCAGCUUUACAUUUGGCAGCAGAAGAAGCGAACCUGGAGCUCAUUCGUCUCUUUUUGGAGCUGCCCAACUGUCUCUCUUUUGUUAACGCAAAGGCUUACAAUGGCAACACAGCACUCCACGUGGCUGCCAGCCUGCCAUAUCGGGUGAGUCAGUUGGAUGCUGUGCGCCUGCUAAUGCGAAAGGGAGCUGAUCCAAGUGCCAGAAACUUGGAGAACGAGCAGCCAGUUCAUCUGGUUCCUGAUGGCCUUGUAGGAGAGCAGAUAAGACGUAUCCUAAAAGGGAAGGCGAUGCAGCAGAGAGUGUCGCCAUUUUAAGCUCCAUGUUUCUUGGAGUUCAGCAACUCACACUCACUGUCAGUCAGGCAGUCCUAAUGUAUCUGUAAAUAGACCAUUUGCCUGGUGUGGGCAAAUGUUAGUUGUUUCUAUGAAACAAAAGUGUUUUGUUCACUAUCAUAUAGUGGGUUAUAUAAGAGUAAAAAAAGAAAAAAACCAAAACCAACCCAACAAUAAGAUUCCUCUAAGUAAACGGGAGUGUUUCAUUCCUAGUAUGUGGAACGUUUGCCUAGAUACCUGGAUUUCAUAGCUACGGGCAAG